UUACCAACGUCUUGAAAUAAAAUGUGAUGGAAGACCAUCUUCGACGGAUAGCCACUUUGUGCCGUUUCUGCGCAAAAGUUCUCGAAAUUCAUAAACAACGAGCAAAGAGAAAGAGCUGCAAGAGCAAGCAAGAUUAUAAAUCUGAAUUUUUACAUUUUUUUUCGAGUGGACAUCGAAAAUGACAAUGAAGCGGUUCAUCCACAGUCCAUCUGUGUCGUGUGUAGACGAAUGUUUGACAGAUUGAGAAAUUCACAAGAAACUUUUACUACGCAUAAAACCCCAGUAGAGUGGCAUUCACACUCUUUGAACUGUGAAGUGUGUUCUCUUUCAAGUUCUUUUGGCGGGUCUUUGGGCAGGCCUAAAAAACGAAAACUCACUUCAACUACUAGUCAUGACCGGGAUGGAAGUGAAACUGAAUCUGCCUCAGAUGAUGAAAAUAAUUUGGAGAGAAGUAGAUGUAAAGCUUUUCWAGUAAUCCAAGAAAACCUGCCACUUUUGGACACUGAUAUGUGUCAUUUGCUAUUUCAAGAUAUUGUAGCCAAGACUGGUUUGUUUGUGMUGGACCCUGAAAAUUUGACUAAGUCAAUUGAGAAAUUGCCACCAAACAUUAUGGUGGCAAUAGUAAAGGMUGUUUUUACUCAACAGAAAGAGCACAUUAGCAAGGACAUURUGCAACAGAAGGGGAGGAGUUUAAGUUCAAUUACAGAGUUUAAAUCAGUAGAUUGGCUGUCCUCAAGGAAMCCAGUAGUGAGAGCAGCAGUGGAGGGAUUAACAUCGACAAAUGUCCCWCAUAUCAAGCAAGUGUCAGCAGUUGACCAACUGUACAAUCUGGUCCAGCCAAAUUUUGUCAGUCCCUGCAUGUUUGCAUGCAACCUGGUAAUUUAUUCUAUAUGCCGAAGCAGAAUGGCAGCUAAUAAUUAUGGUAAGCUCCACCCAGGAGGUGUUUACAGCACAAUUAGAUCCUUUCUAGCAGGGUUAACACUGAAAGUGUCAGAGCUACCCAGCAAUGAUGUACUGGUCGCCAUUGACAACGACCAGGUCAUGGUUAAGCAUUGGACUUUCCGCAAGGAAAACAGAGCACAAGUCAGUCAGUGUGUUAAGAGCCGCUUCGCGCAAAAACCAGACAAAACUGAAAUUUUUUGGCAAGGCUCGAAAAAUCAAAUCUAUUCAUAUUUUGUAUAU